AUGAUUGGAUCAAGGAACCCAAACAAAGUCAUGAAACCGAACGGAAACGAACAACAACAACAACAAGACAACACUGCCACCGAGACGAGGAUGCACCAUUCCACUCUACGACGCACUGCCGAAUGGAUGGGUUAUCCUAGAAUAGCACCGCAGCCACGAAUUGUCAAUGGUAUCAAGGCUCCUGAUCCAGAUCGGUAUCCCUAUUUUGUGGCGUUGGUGGACGACCGAGAUCGAAUUGUUUGUGGUGGUAGUCUGAUUGCUUCCAACGUGGUAUUGUCGGCAGCACACUGUGGUCUAACUAAUUUGAAAUUUGCCAUUGUUGGAAAGUACCAUGGCCAAAUUGAUGUCCAACACAAUGAGGCCGAACGUAUUCCUAUUGUCGAUACAUACUCGAAUCCACGUUUCACCUUGAGCAAUCGUUCCCACGACCAACUCUUGGUUUUGCUCGAAUCACCCGCAAGUGCCACCCGGCCGGUAGUUCGACUGAAUUUGUUACAGGGUGGUGGCGAUGCCGCUCUUCCAGUAUUGACCGAUCGUGUGACAGUACUGGGAUUGGGGCAAACAUAUUCUUCCACGCAACAAACACAAGAUCCUCCGAAAGUCUUGCAACAAGUUACCAUGGGAGUAGUGUCCAAUCGCCAAUGUCAAGAAAUGUAUGACGAAUAUGAAUUCUUCGUGCCCAAAAUAUCCAAUGAUAUGAUAUGCUUGUUGGAGAGUGCCAAGGGACAAUGUUAUGGAGACUCGGGAAGCCCAUACAUACUUCUUGGAGAAACCCCCGAAGAUGAUGUCCAAAUUGGAACCGUGGCAUGGGGCAUCGAUUGUGCUCGAGAAGAGUAUCCAGCUGUUGGUAUCCGAACCUUCUUGGAGGAUGAUUCCUUCUUGAGCGACACCGUCUGUUCGAUUGCAGUGAAUCCACCAUCUUAUUUUGGAUGCCCAACCUUGGCACCCCAACCAGCCAUACUGUCACCUACUAUCAGCCCAUCUGCUGCAUUAACAAGUGACCCAACUGUCAGUCCUUCCAAAGCUCCCACGAUUGCUCCAACUGUGAUGGCUUCGGAUUUUCCUACAAGAUUUCCGUCGUCCUCACCAACGAUUGCCCCAACCGUGAUGGCGUCAGAUAUGCCCACAAGAGCUCCAUCAUCAUCUCCGACCAAAUCUCCUUCCGCAACUCCCACUGUCAAAGAUUCGGACCGGCCCACAGCAUCUCCGUCUAUUUCGCCCACUAAGCUGAGUAGUGAGGGACCCAGCAGCUCUCCAUCUCUUGCUCCGUCAAGUUCCCCAACUGUGGUUAGCAGCAGAAAGCCAAGCAGUCCUCCGUCAAUAGUUCCAUCAGAAAUGCCCAGCACUCCUUUCCCGACUUCAUCGCCAAUCACCUGCGUUGCAAGAGCCAAUUCUUGCACCACCGGUGGUGAUGUCUGUUGUGGGACUGACGUAUGUCAAGGUGGAUUUUGCCGACUCAUACCCAGCACCAGUAAGCAAAGUGGAUACAAAAAUGACUUGAAAUUGACGCGAGCUACCAACAGCGGUGUUCGUGGUGGAUCAUUUCAGUCUGUUGGGAUCGCUAUCCCUGAUUCUGGUCCUGAAGAGCCAUAG